AUGACAACGUGGUCGUACCGUCUUCGAUCGCAACUUCGUAGAAUAACACUAGCCGCACUGAUCGGCGGUGUGCUGGUGUACACUAUUAUAAUAGUGCACUCGAAAGGUCGGUGUCAAACUAAAUCACCCGAAGAGAUAAACCAGGACCGCCUUCUGCACCUUCGCGAAGUAUGCGAGCGGAACAAUAACGGAAACAUAUCCCGGAUUGAAACCUCUUUCUACAUCCACAUAAAAAACGAAAGCCUGCUGUACUGCUUAGUGUUCAAAUCGGGCACCACCAGCUUGUUUUACAACAUAAACCGAUGGGCCGGGUACAGCGAGGACCAGAUACUGGACCAGAGAACGGACAACUUCAUGCUGGCGCGGGUACACUACCCCUGGGAGAGCCCGGACGUGUUGCUGACCAGCAUGAAGAAUUCGCUGUCAUUCCUUGUGGUGCGCGAACCGUUCGAGCGCUUGAUCAGCGCUUACGAGGAGCGUCUUUUGGGUCAGCUUCAUCCGUACUUCAAAAAUCUGUCGCACCAAAUCUACAAACUGUACCACGACGACGGGAUCGAAGACGGGAUACCGUCAUUCCAGGACUUUGCCCGGUACGUGGUGUACCAGUUCCGGAACAGAAAAGACUCUGACCUCCACUGGCGACCCAUCAACGAUCUGUGCACCCCGUGCCUGGCGCGUUACGACUUCAUCAUGAAACUGGAGACCUUCGGUCAAGACUUAGCCUACUUUGCGAACGAAACCCAUCUACAGGGCAAAAUAAAACGCGUUCAGAUGAACCACGCGCGCCGCGACCCGAUCGAUCGGUUGGUGAGAAAAUAUUUUUCCCAACUAACCAAACAGCAACUGGUGGACCUGUUGGAAAUAUACCGGAUAGACUUCGAGCUAUUUGGAUACCCGUUCGAUCGCUACUUUCAGUACGCACAACCGUAA